GAGGAAUCCAUUAAACUACAGCAUUUUCUCUACUUAAAUUUCAGUGAAUCCGUUACCAUCCUUAGAUAAUUCCAGUGCAUUCAUUCAUUUUCUUUUGUUGCUGCGCUUUGUCUAAACUGCUCUUUUGUUUUCACUGUUACUUGUUUAAGUUUAGCUGUUUUUCUAGGUCUGUUUAAUGUUUGUUGUUUUAUGUGUGACAGCCUCCAUUUUUUCCUGAUCCUCCUGAUUUUUUCCAAACAACUGUUCACCAUUCAACUCAACACUACAGGACAGUCUCAACAUUUUCAACAUACUCAAUGUUUUCAACCUUCUACAAUCACCAUCAUUUAGGGACACUUUGCCGGAUUUCCUUAUUUGUGGCAAGUCAAAGGGUGCGUUCACGGGGAUCAGCGCAGACAAACUUUGCAGACGGGGAUCUGCGCAUGACGUCAUAGUCUGUGUAGUUGGCGCUAGGACAACUUUGGAAACGUAUCUCCAGAGCAGACUCCAACAACAUGGAGGUUGCGUUGUGUGCAAUUAUUAUUGCUGAAGAAAUUGAUGCAAUUGAAGUUCCCUACUUGCUCCACGCAGGUCAUCGAUUGGAGCAGCGUCAAUUGAGGAUCUGAUAAGGGAUUUACAUCCCUUUUACAUGAAUCAUCAAGGUACAAAAUGGCCAUUUCAGAAUACAGUGCUUGCCUGCCUUUGGACAUUAGUAAAUCAAGAGUCCACAGAGGAGUAGCAGACAGGUUCAACACCAGCAAAUCUAACAUCUGCAUACAUCUUCAUGAGGUGUGUUCUCUCAUAUCCAAACAUCUUUCAUACAGGAUUGUCUGGCCCACAGGCCAUGCUGUCAGUCAGAUUGAACAGGGUUUCCUGGCAGCUGGUUUCCCUAAAACACUGUGACAACAGUAGAGAAGCUGGAAGCCUUAAUCAGUUCAUACAUCAGGAAAUGGUUGGGAGUUCCACGCUGCCUCAGUAGAGUGGGACUUUAUGGUAAAGGAAUACUGCAGCUACCAGCAUCCGCUCUAACCGAGGAGUUUAAGUGCGCCAAGGUCAGACUGGAAAUGACAUUAGUAGAGCCACGUGACAAAUGCGUAAGGGAGGCAGCACCUGUGCUAAAAACUGGAAGAAAGUGGGCGGCAAAGAAAGCUGUGGGGGAUGCAAAGGCUGCCCUUCGAAUUGGUGAUAUCAUGGGGCAAGUUCAGCAUGGAAGAGGGGGUCUUGGUUUCAGUUCAGCUCCUCCUACAUGGCACAAGGCAGCCCCAGCUCAACGGAGGAAGAUGGUAGUCAAUGAGGUGCAAAAGCAGGAGGAGAGGAUGAGAUGUAUAAAGGCCAUUUCCCAGGCCAAACAGGGAGAAUGGAUGAGAUGGGAGAGUGUGGAACAACGCAAGAUUGGCUGGCAAGACCUAUGGUCAGUGGAACAGAGCAGGAUCAGUUUCCUCAUCAGGUCAACAUAUGAUGUUCUCCCAUCACCACAGAACCUAAACCUCUGGGUAGGGGAGGAUCCCUCAUGUCCUUUGUGUUCAUCACCUGCAACAUUAAGGCACAUUUUGACAGGAUGUAAGGUGGCUCUUAGCCAAGGACGGUUUACUUGGCACCAUGACCAGGUGCUGCGAUGUUUGGCCUUAGCAUUGGAAGACAAGCGUAACAUGACCAAUAAGUUGCCACCUGUUCCAUCAAAACAUUACACACAAAACAUUACACGUCCAGGAGAGCAACCACCAAGAAAAGGUGUUAAAACCAAUCCUCGCCCAGGACAACUGGAAGCUGCUAGAGACUGGAAAAUGCUGGCAGAUGUUGGUCAACGGCUUAUUUUUCCAGCUGAGAUUGCCACCACUAACCUUCGACCAGGUAUUGUCUUGUGGUCCGGAUCAGCACGCCUUGUUCACCUGGUAGAAUUAACAGUGCCAUGGGAGGAUGCUGUAGAUGAGGCGUAUGAGAGGAAGAAACUGCGGUAUGCUCAACUAGCCACUGAAGCGGAACAGCGAGGAUGGAGAGUCCGGGUUUACCCAAUGGAGGUGGGUUGUCGAGGAUUUGUGGCACACUCUACAACCCGGUUUCUCAGAGACGUCGGAUUCAGUGGCCAGGAGUUGCGUCGCACAGUGAAGAACUUAUCUGAAGCAGAAAGGAGCAGCAACUGGCUGUGGUUGAGACAGAAAGAUUCUGGCUGGGGACCUCAAGCACAAUAGAAAGAAAGAAACACUGAUGUACAGGUAAGUAAGCUGGGCUGAGUUGAGUGGGGGACGGAGGGGGGUGAUGCUGGGACGCCAGAAUCACCGUCGAGCCCUCUUGAGGUGUCGUGGGCUAGUCGACGAAACACUGAGGAUGGAAGGUGCCCACUUGAAAACCCCCUGUGUGCUGAUGCGCUAGGGAGGCAAAAUAAGCUGAUCCCUGGAGCCAGCAUUUCCAGACAGAAGGAUAUCUACAGCAUCAUAUGGAAGGAAGCACAAAUGGAUGGAGACACCUAUGGAUCACAUUAGUUUACUGUAAAGCUACGUCUUAGUUGGUGCUUAUCUUGGCGAGAGCCGAGUUCAAAUCAGCAUGAAGUUUUAACAUCUACUCUCGUGUAAUGGAAGUCGCGCAGUUGAUGGCUGCCACGUACCCAUUGCAAAGCACAAGCUAUUGAUAACCCGGAGUCCUAUUACAACAGAAAGCACUUUUACUCAGUUAAUCUUACUGCUUUCUGUGACAAUACAGCACAUUUUGUUCAUGUCAAUGUGGGCCAUCCUGGAAGCUGACAUGAUGCUCGAGUCUACCGCAUGACAGAGGUAGCAAGAGUCCUUCAGGAAGACUCACAAUCUCUUUUACCCGACAGUAUGCACAUCAUUGGUGAUGCUGCAUAUCCACUCUCACCCCACCUGUUAACUCCAUUCCGUGACAAUGGACAUUUAACUCAGCAACAGAAAAGAUUCAACAAGAAACUGUCCUCAGCCAGGAUGGUGAUCGAAAGAGCGCUUGGACUCUUAAAAAACAGAUUUCGGAGAUUUAAAGGAUUACACAUGCAUGUCAUCCAGAAUAUCAGCACAGCUGUCACAGCUUGUUGUGUCCUUCACAAUAUCUGCUUGGAGACAUUAGAGGACUUGGAGUUUGAGGAGGCUGUGGAUGACAAUGUACCAGAAGGUGUCAAUGAUCAACCAGAUGUAAUGCAAAAUGAUCCUUCUGGCAUCAUUAAAAGAAAUGGCAUUGCUGCAUCAUUAUAAAUUGAAUUACAGUGUACACAAGUAUUAUUAUUGUUUAUUUAGCAGACACUCUUAUCCAGGGCAAUAAUGUUUGA